CGAGGAACACGCACCCCCACCCCCGAAUGUCUGUGUGUCAAUUCAAAAAUACAAUCAAGGCAAUGGCUCACUGGAUUAGCUGCACCAUGGGCUGCCACCCACUCACUGGCUGCACACAGACAGACAGACAGACAGACAGACAGACAGGAGUGACAGGAGUGCAAAGGCACAUCAGUCUGUCCUUUCCCAUGGCCAAUACUUACACGAGGAACGACACGGUUGCCCGGCGGGACGACACAAACAGAUCGCAUCACAGCACGGAUGACUGCACCACAAAAGCACAAAGAUGGACACAACAACCAACCGAGAUAGUGUGCGCGUGUGUGUGCCCGCCUGCUCUCUCGUCUGCUCUGCCCACAUGUCAUAGAUGCGUUACCACCAGAAAGGCCACCACAGGGGGCAUCGACACCAGCAGGUUGUCGAGCACACCCCCGUAGGCCUCCAGCACCGACGUCAGACAUGAGAUGGCCAAUCGCAGCCAAAUUGAGGGCAGGAAUGGGGUCGUCAGAAGGGUGACAAAGAACACCGUCAGGGAACCCGCUAUCUGAUCAAUGUGAUCCACAACUGUGUCCAUUUCAACGCGAGAUGAAAAAGCGUGGGGGAGUUCCCGUCAGUCAGUCGGUCGACUCACCGUUUUGUCUCCCGCCCAUUUGGGUGACCUUACAGCCUUUCCCACAAUGGCGGCCAGUGGGUCGGCGAAGAACAUGGGCAUCAGCAGGGCGAACGGCAGCUCCAGGAUCGCCCAGGUCAUCACAAUCAGCCCGUAUAUCGUGAUGCCGAGGUCACCGCGACGCGCAAACCUACAGACCAGACAAGAAGCGCUUUGACCGGUCCAUGCCAUGUGGGUCUGCGCGUGUACGGUGCGUAUCGCCAUACAUACCUGUACGGCGGCAGUCCGAACAGCUGUUUGUACGUGUCGGCCAUCCAGAUGUGGGAUACGACGUAGAUGGCAAAUACCACCAUGAAAGGGCGCGUGACGGCCGUGUAGGGGCUGUUGAGCAGCAACCAGCCCGACAACAUGUGCACCAGCUUCCUGGUAGGGAGUCACACACAUGGGAGGGAGGCCUGGGAGUGUGUGUGUGCCGGUGUUUGCCUGCGAGUCGCCAGCUGAGCUGACCUGGCGUAGAAGACGGGAAUAACAUCGAAGAACUGACACACGAUGAAUACACUGAUGACACCCGUCAUCAUCAAAUACCCAGGCAGCACCAUUGCGAUAGGUACAACCUGCACACACACAACAACAUCCACAACAGAACAGACAAGCUUAAUUGCAUCAUCUGCAUGUGGGCAUGCAGUGUGAUCGAUUGCCGGUUGCUUACACAGAUAGAGCCUUCAACGAAUCGACGACGUCAGCCGCCGGAACAGAGCACCUGAAAGAACACACGGGAUUCCCCGGGUCUCAAAGGCAAGAUCUGACACUUUUUCUGGCUCACCGUUGAUCGGAUGACAAAUGCACGCGUCGUUUGGGAGCAAGGCUGACAACGUCGCUUCAGGGUCUGCGAGCUUAGCCACGAAAACCCCUUAGCUCGCAAAAUGACUCCGAUGACACCUAGGGUGCUCCCUGAAACCGCUGCGACUCCGAUGAAGUGACGUUUGGUUGCGCUUGCAUCUCUUCUAAAAUCACUGCAGUCUGUUCCUCUUCCCCUGCAGUGAGUGCUGAUCAAUCAGAUCUAUCUGGUGGAGCUGACUCAUCUCAUCCAUCCAUAAGCAACAGGCAGGUGAUGGCAUGGCAAUCAGAGAGAGCC